AUGGUCGUGUACAUUUGGAGUUUGAACAUUAGCAACAAAGACAGUUCUGCGCUCAAUCAAAGUUCCAAUGUCAGUUCAGGGGACCCCCUAGCACCCCACGACCCCCCUGACCUGAGCAGGACCGGUCACACGGUGAUAGCCGUCUGCCUCGGAUUUAUUUUGGUGUUUGGAUGCCUGAACAAUCUCUUUGUCUUGCUCAUCUUCGCGAGGUUUCGCUCACUGUGGACACCUAUAAAUCUCAUUCUGCUGAACAUCAGCGCGAGCGACAUACUCGUGUGUUUGUUUGGGACUCCCUUCAGUUUUGCCUCCAGUCUAUAUGGGAAAUGGCUAUUUGGAAAUCACGGCUGCAAAUGGUACGGCUUUGCCAAUUCGCUUUUUGGAAUUGUGUCUCUGAUGUCUCUGUCCAUCCUCUCAUAUGAGCGUUAUGGUGCCCUGCUGCACCGUACCAAGGCAGACGCAUCUGACUUCCGAAGGGCCUGGCUAUGUGUGGCGGGAUCCUGGCUGUAUUCGCUGGUGUGGACUCUGCCUCCAUUCAUAGGUUGGAGCAGCUAUGGCCUGGAGGGAGUCGGGACUACAUGUUCGGUGCAGUGGCAUCAGCGCUCAAUCAGUAGUAUGUCAUAUGUGGUGUGCCUGUUCAUCUUCUGCCUGCUUCUGCCCCUGAUGCUCAUGGUCUUUUGCUAUGGCAAAAUCCUGCUCAUUAUCAAAGGGGUAACUAAAAUCAACCUGCUGACUGCACAAAGGCGAGAGAACCACAUCCUUCUCAUGGUUGUCACCAUGGUAUCCUGCUACCUGUUUUGCUGGAUGCCUUAUGGGGUGGUUGCCCUGCUGGCCACCUUUGGCAGGAGGGGGCUGAUCACUCCCAUAGCCAGUGUGGUGCCCUCAGUCCUGGCCAAGAGCAGCACUGUGGUCAACCCUGUCAUAUAUGUGCUUUUCAAUAACCAGUUCUACAGGUGUUUCAAAGCAUUUUUGAAGUGUAAGGGAGAACCAUCUAUUCACUUGCAGAACCCUCUGCCAAACAGCAAAGGAGAUCCCCGUGUACACAAGACCUGUGAUGGACCAUCAUGGCAUCGCAGCUUCAGAAGCCUGACCAACAGCCCCCAGAAGAGGGAGAGGCACCCUCUGACCUUAGUGGUCCACUACACUCCCUGACUCUGUCAAAGACUGUCUGCGUUCUUUACAGCUCAGCAUUUAUAAUGCUUCAUGAUGACUCUGCAGUGUUAAAUUCAGAAGCAGAGUUAAACCUUCCAUCUUUACACUCUCCACCAUGAAAUAUACAAUGUAUUAACUUAAAGAAAGGCUGCCUCAUCAAAUUGCCAUGUUCCAUGCUGCAACUAUUUCAGAAUCCCUGAUUUUCAUCAAAAUGCAAUCACAUUUAUUUCUCUAUUUGUUUUUUAUGAGCUCUGUGCAUUUUUAAAUAGCACUGUACAGUGUGAAAUUGAUGUGCAGUGAAAAAAACUCACAGUCUACUUAAUAUUCCUGAUGACCCCAGUGAAAUCAAAAUUGGAGUUUUGUGCCUUUAAGUCCAUGUUUUUUCACUUUGAGUUCAUCUAUAUGUUAGUAAACUCUAAAAAAUCAUAGGCGUCACUUUGAUUUAAAAAGUGGUGAGGACAGUUUUUUUAGGGGG